AUGGGUGCCCAAAGAUUCCCGUGGGUGCCCCAGCCCUGGAGCACCCACGGUUUCGGCGCCUAUGUGUGUGGGAGAGCUCCCCUGAAUGCGCGCAUAGUGGGCGGGCAGGAUGCCCCAGCAGGGGCGUGGCCAUGGCAGGCCAGCCUAACACGAGGUGGCAGGCAUUUCUGCGGAGGAUCCCUCAUCAACAGCCAAUGGGUGCUGACCGCCGCCCACUGCUUUGAAAGAAUCACCACCUCAGGGCUAACAGUCUACCUCGGUCGACAGAAUCAAAAGGGCCCCAACCCCAACGAGGUUUCCAGGACAGUCUCCGAGAUCAUCAGACACUCCGAUUAUAAUAGUGCCACCGUAGACAAUGACAUUGCUCUCCUCCACCUCUCAUCCCCCGUCAACUUUACCGACUACAUACAGCCCGUCUGCCUGGCUGCAACUGAUAGCACCUACAGGGCUGGCACCAAUAUCUGGAUUACAGGCUGGGGGAGAAUCAAGAUGGACGAGCCACUGCCCGCUCCUCAAGCGUUGCAGGAGGUAAAGGUUCCAGUAGUGGGAACUAGUUUAUGCAGGUUCCGCUGGCGCUACACUGUCAUCAUUACCAGCAACAUGCUUUGCACUGGACGGACAGGAAAGGGCUUCUGCAAAGGUGACUCUGGUGGUCCUUUGGUGAGCAAGGUCGGCUCUGUCUGGGUGCAGGGUGGAGUGGUGAAUUUUGUUGUCAGCUUAGGCUGUGCCCAUACUAAGUUCCCGGAUGUCUCUGCGCGGGUGUCUCAGUAUCAGAGCUGGAUCACAUCUCACAUUGCUACAGAUACACCCGGAUUCAUCACUGCCAUGGCUGGCAACAGCACAGCAAGCACCCUCACGCUCCUCCUUCUCCUCCUCUGCCCUCUGCUCCUCUCAUAAUACACCUCCUCCUCUCCUCUCCUAUAUACCUCCCCCUGUCAUAUUGCACCUCAUUCUCUCCUCUCUUUCUCUGCUGUC